AUGAGGAAGAAGAACCGGCGGAGCGUGUCCUACAACACACUGCCCUCACCACACACGACAUCGUCGACCGAGACCGCGUCGACGUCAUCGUCAUCGUCGUCGUCGCCUUCGCUGCCCUCGGCCGGCGGUCUGUCGAUGCCGGACCGGUUUUCGCUGCGGUCGACCAAGUCCUACACGUCCAUCCCUGGCGCCCCGUCGCUCUCCUCUUCGGCAAUCUCGGCCUCCGCCAGCAAUCUCGACGACCUCUCGCGCCCGCGCAAGGAUUUCUCCAUUCAGGCGGAGGAAGAUGACGACGGCAUCGACCGCUCCGCGUGGCUGCAGAAGGCCCUGCGCAAGCACCCAGAACUGCAAAACCUCAAGGAGAGAAUCUCUCCCGUGUCGCGUGCCGUCGCGUUCGGUCGCACCUACAACGCUCCCUCUACCCCCGACUCUGGCAAAGAGGGGCCGAAGCCGAAAGGGACGAUGAUCGUGGGCGAGGACAUGUACCUGGACAAGGGCAAGAUUCUUCAGCUCAUCAUGCAGCACCUCUACCACGAGGGCCUCAAGCACUCCGCACACGUCCUCUCCGGCGAAACCAACACAGACUAUAUGGUAAACGAAUUGAACGAAAGCCGACUGGUGACGCUCGUGCGCAUCGCCCUACGCGACACGGAGCGGAUUUGGGACCUCACCGUGGCCGACAAGUCGCACAUGGACCGGCAGGGCGAUGACGACCUCGAGGAACACCUCAACGAACUCGAAAUGCUCGAAGAAGAACCACUGGAGAAGGACGUCAAUAUUUGGCAAGAACCGGUGACGGGCAACAUCACGUGGAGCGACAAGCCGCAGGACAACGAGCCCAAGUCGAUCCACUCGGCCAGCCUCAACAAGCUCGUCGAGAACCUCACCUCACCAGCCAACCCCAACAUGACGUUCUUGAAGACGUUCCUGCUGACCUACACCACGUUCACGACCGCUGAAAAGCUGCUCCACAAACUCAUCGAACGGUACCACGUGCCACAAGACAGGAAGCCGCCCAACAUCCGACCAGAGGACUGGAACACGACCACCCUCAUGCCCAUUCGUCUGCGGGUGUGCAACGUGCUGCGGAAAUGGAUCGAGGAAUUCGAAGACGAGCUGUCGUCGACGCGCCUGCUGCGGACGCUCAAGACCUUCCUCGAGACGACGCUGAAGCCCGACGGCUACGUGGUGCUCGCCGAGGCCAUGUCGGCCGCCCUUGCGCGCAAGAUGAAGCAGCGGGAGAUUCCGCCGGCCACCAUCACCGAGCCGCCGCCGGAGCCCAAGGUGCCCCGCAACGUGUUCUCGCCCUCGCUGUCCCUCAUGGACAUCAACGACGAGGAACUCGCGCGACAGCUCACGCUCAUGGAAUUUGAGACAUUCCGCGCCAUUAGGCCCUCGGAGCUGCUCAACCAGGUUUGGAACAAACCAAAGCAACGACAUCGGGCGCCGAACGUGGUGAAGAUGAUUCGACGAUUUAACGAGAUCUCCAACUGGGUCGCCACGAGCAUUGUGGGCUCCGAGAAGAUCCGCCAGCGCGUCAAAGUAAUGACCAAAUUUUUGCGCCUUGCCGACAUUCUGCGAAAGAUGAACAACUUCAAUACCAUGGUGGCGGUGGUGGCCGGUAUCAACGCGUCGGCGGUCCACCGCCUCAAGUGGACCAAAGAGGAGGUGAUGAAGGGCAUCUGGCCGCAGUUUGCGGAGUGCGAGCGGCUGAUGAGCAACGAGGGAUCCUACAAGACCUACCGUGGGGCUCUCUUCCAAGCUCGCCCGCCCUGUCUUCCCUAUCUGGGCGUGUACCUGACCGAUCUCACGUUCAUCGAGGACGGCAACCCGGACUACGUCAACGAGCUGAUCAACUUCAGCAAGCGCUCUCUCAUCUACACCGUCAUCGCCAAAAUCCAGCAAUUCCAGCUGCUGCCCUACAACUUUUAUCCGAUCCAUCAAAUCUGGGAGUACAUCAAGCGGUUCCCGUCGAUGGAGGAGGCCGAACUGUACAGCACGUCCCUCAAGAUCGAACCCAGAAAGGCCGACCGCUCGGAAAUCCUCUAA